GCGGCGUUCAAACACACAGCCUUUUUCCCUUCAUCAAACCAGCCCGAGUCAGACGACAUUGGGGCCAAGACGAAGUCGGCAGCACAAUUUCAGUUUUCAGUUCCAAGCGCGACAUUGUACCGAGCGGUUGUGUUUUUAGUUUGCUCUUUCUCUCUCUAUCACGAGGCAGCGCCAAGUUUAAUAUAUAUAUAUAUACUGUGUUAUAACAUAUUAUCGGUACAAUAAAGUCGUGACUCUUUGCAGCAUCAUCUUUUCUUUUAAGUGGAUAUUAAAACUCUGUUUUUCUCAUUUUUUUUUUUGGUUUUCAUUUCUGGAAUAUGAGAUUUUUCUCAUUACAAAAAGGACCAGGGUCAAGUGCAAAACAUUGAACCCAACAGAGGAAGUGUCUUACAUUGAGAAAAAAAAAAACUGUGAUUUUGGAUUUCAAUAAUUUUAAUUGCUCAAGACAUUGUUUCUUUGAGCGAAAAGUGAAUUUUUUGAUGAGAACUUGUUUUUCUUUACAAUUUUUGGUUUUUUUGGGAACUAUUAUAAUUUUGCAAAAGUGGAUCCCAGUUCUUUUGUGAGGUCGUACUUAAAGGAACCUUUCAAAAUUGAUGUUCUAAGAAGGCAAAUUAUGGUGGCAGAGUUUGUCACCCGCCAGAGUGGAUCGCCCAUCAAUGGUGAGAUUGCGUAUUUAAACAGCAACAUGCCGACUACUCAUUCAAUAACACAUUCAUCAGCUCAUGGUGGACAUGGCCAUGAUGCUCAUGGACCUCUACCACCAAUGACUCAUCCCCAUCAUGGGUCAUCGCCAUCCCUUCAGCAACAGCAACAGCAGCAACAACAACAACAACAACAGCAACAGUCACUUCAUCCCCAACAAUCAAUGCAACAUCUUCAAUCACAACAUCAACAUCAACAUCAUGAUAAUCAAAAUCCCCAUUCUGAUAAUUACAAUUCAAAUUUUGAUUUAAGAAAAGAACUCUUUUCCCAACGUAAACAAAGGGAAUUUAUUCCCGAUAAUAAAAAAGACGACAGCUAUUGGGAUCGACGCAGACGUAAUAAUGAAGCUGCAAAACGAUCACGUGAAAAGAGACGUUUCAAUGAUAUGGUCCUCGAACAACGUGUCAUGGAAUUGAGCAAGGAAAAUCACAUUCUCAAGGCACAAUUGGAAGCGAUUCGUGAUAAAUUUGGAAUUUGUGGCGAGAACGUUAUCAGUACCGAACACGUAUUAGCCGCAUUACCAUCAGAACCACCACUUCUCAAACGAAAAUUAUCCACAUCAACAACAUUAUUAUACACAAGAUCACCAAGUCCUGUUCACACAUCAGUGAUUCAUCAGCCAGUCAGUGGUUCCAGGUCACCGAGGUCACCAGCUCAACUCUACGUUCCCGAAGCAACAGCCUAUCCCGAGACUGAAAGCUUUCAAUAUCCCUACACAACACAUCCAGCCGAUCAUUUUGAUACAUCAAGUGCAUUGAAUUUAUCACGUGGCCGACGUGCUCAAUCACCAUUUGAAUUAUCAUCAGGCAGCGGCGAUGAAAGUUCAUCAUUGACAGUACCACAAAGUAUGGUUGGUACAAAUAAUUGUCUACCCCAUAAAUUGAGGCAUAAAUCACGAAUUGGCGACAAAGAUGCUGCGAGUGCAUUACUUGCAUUACAAGGCAUUAAACAAGAACCUGGACCACGUGCAUCGCCACCAUGGGACAAUGAGGGUUCAAGUGACGAGAGGGAUUCGGGCAUUUCACUUGGUGCCGAAUGGACACCAAAUGUCCCAACAGUACCGGAAAAUGAGCGCGAAGUAAAAAGCAGGCUAGAUCGUUUAGCGUCCGAGGUGGCAUCAUUACAAUCAAUUCUACGCCUUGGCAAAAGUGGUGAAAAUCAUGUUGUACCACAAGUGGUGGUAAGCGGCGGACAAACGACAGGCGUUCAAGUCACGGGUCCUUGAACUCAACCGAUGAUUCACAAACACUGUGAAUCAGAAAAUGGAAAAAAAAAUAGUGUGCGUCACUUCGCAAGAGCUUAUUAUCCAAAGAUGCACCUCUAAUAAAGAGGCACAUUACCUCUAUUUUUGAACGUGAUGCUCAGGAUCUCGUAUUCCUUCGGGCAGGGUAGACUGAAUUUUUCCCGAUCGAGUCUUCUUAUUAAAAAAAACUGUGAUUCCGAAUGCUUUCUCGAUAUCGAGAUUUAUGAUGAAAAAAAAAGCAUAAUAAAAAAAAAUGGAGUAUUAGCUAUCCCGCCUUCGAGGGAUCCAGAGACUUUUUCGGGAGUUUUUUUUUAACGGUUCUAAUCCGUUUCGUAAAGUAGCUUUUAAGACCAUGUGACUUUUAAACGUCUAAGUAAAUUAUAUAUUGUAAUUUUUAAGGAUAUCGUCAAUUUUUUUUUUAUGUUAAUUUUUUCGCUAUCACCAUCGAAUGCGUGAAAUCGCUUUAUUGUCCAAAAGUUCUGUGUAUACUAUAGAACGUUUUCAGAGUUGUAGUUGUUUUGAAAACUUCUACGACUGUGAUUACGAAGCUGUUUUAGAUUAGAGCGCGUUAGCUGGUCUAAGUUAUUAUCGACUAAUCAUUUAAGACUGCGUCGCGCAACCGGCUAUCUCAUCACCGCCAGGUACCCUUAAACAUUUUUUAAUUCGACUCGAAAAUCAAGAACAAAAAAAAAAAAUCACUUGAUCGAGUCGAAUUUUCAUUUUGAGUAUCAUAUUUUUAAUACAAUUAAAAUAUGAUAAUCGUCUCCUUUCAUUUCUUUUUUCUUCUUCUCUUCGCUUCUAAAAAAUCGGAUAGUAUUUUUCAUAAAAAAAAUUUGAUCAAAUUAAUAUUUCUUUUUAUUGAUUUAAAAAAUAAAUAAAUUUCAAUCCGAUUUUUAAUUUUUCUAUAUAUAUAUAUUUCUCUUUUUUUGAUUUAAUAAAUGUUGAAAUUAAAAAUUUCUGUUUCACGAUUUGAUUUUCAAUCGGCAAUCGAGAUCGUUUAAUUAUAAAAUUCAUCUAAAUUCAAUAAAUUAAUUUUCGCUUGGGAAAUAUUAAUUUAAAAAAAAUUAUUUUUGAACAAUUUCAAAAUAAAAAUCUCUCGAUUUGAAGAAAAAAAAAAUUACAUCGUGAAAAAAAUCAAAUUUAAAAAUUAUUGUCGGAAGUAUUAAGCAAAGUCUAUUUAGGUGAAUGUAUUACAUGUAGAGCACUCACACAAAUGGUCUAUGUAUACACCCACGCAUAUUUAUAUACUAUUCUCAUAUACAUAAAUAUAUAUAUUUUUUUCAAAUUAAUGUAUUUUUCGAUAAUGUGAAUAUAAUUGAAAGUGUAGGGCGCUAAUGAAAAAAAAAAAAGUUGUAAAAAAAAGAUAUACUCUAUUUUCAAACAAAGUGUUAUAAAAAUGCUUCCCUCUAUAGAAAUUUCAUUUUAUUUGUUAUUUCAAAAAAAAAAAAUUUCCGCUUGUUUUUAAUUUUUCUACAUUAUAUAUGUACAAGAGAAAAAUAUAUUUUUCCGUCAUUAACAAGUCUCUUACAAAUUUCAAUCAGUUGAAAACUAAAAAUGAUUUUUAACUUUUUCAUUUCUUAAUUAAUAUAAAAAAAUAAAUUAAUUAAAUAAAAAAGGUAAAAAAAAUUCCAUUUAUUUUAACAGUAUUUUCUUUUCUUUUUUAAUCGCUGAUUGAAAUUCGGAGCCUUAAACUUCCAACAAUUCUGAUGAAUUUUAAUUGAAAUCCCAUAAUAUGUAUGUAUUAUAUGUGAUAUGAAAAAAUUUGUUUCGAUUAAAAAAAAAACUGUACGAUGUAAUAAUAAGUAAUUGACGAAAAAAAAAACCACUAAUAAUAGAGCGUAACUCGAAUUAUUUAUUAAUUAAUUGUAUACGUAUAUAAGAAAGGAGUGUCUGUGUCGAAUGAUUAGGGAUGAUCAUGAUGACCAGCAAACACAAAAUCAUUGGUACUACUAUUUACUUUAUAAAAUAGGACUUGCGAUACAAAUAAAUAAUACACAUUGAAAUUUAAAGCUCAGAUAGAGAGAGAGAAACAACAAAGGGUGAUUUUUGUCAGGUAUCUUUAAUUUAAAUCAAGCGUUUAAAGAGAUUCAAACUCGCCAAACGCUUGUUGAUUUUUUUUUUUUUUUUUUUUUU